AUGAUUAAUAUUGAAGAUAUUUCAAAAUCUUCAAACCAAAGUGAAGAAAAACAAUUAAAAAGUACAAGUUCAAAACCAAAAUACUCAUUCGCAGCAAAAAGUUUAUUCAAAGGUUCAAAUAAUAUUACACCAUAUUAUUUAUCAACCAGUAAUACAUUCCAAUGUGUAGCAUCUGAGUCAAUUCAAACAUGGCUUCUUUCGGAUGAUGGUCAUAUCUUUACAUCCAGUGGUAAUUUUGUUUUAGAUGUUUCAUCAGGUGGUUAUUUUGUUGAAUUAGUACAACUUAAUUCAAAUUCAAAAACUCAAAUUUGGACAAUUGAUACAACAAAUAAUAAAAUUCAAAACCAAGGUAAUGGUAAUUACCUUGAUAUCGACUGUUUCAAUAUUUGUGUUGCACCUUUAAAUGGAAACGCAACUCAACAAUGGACAACUUUUAGAAGAGCACCAAUUCCAACUGGUAAUUGGGGUUACUUUCAAAGCAAACAAUUGAAUUCAAAUAAUUAUUGGGGUUUAAGUGUAUUAAAUAAUAGUACAUCAUAUAAUACUAGUGUAGUUAUGAAUAAAGUUCAAGCAAAAUCAAAAGGUCAAAUUUGGCAAAUGACAAGCGAUGGUCACAUUUUAUCACGUUUGGAUGGUAAUUUAGUAUUAGAUAUUGGUCCAUCAAUUAAUGGUAGUACAACAAACUAUUAUUUAAAUACCAAUGUUUACAAAGCAAAUGAUCUAAUGCAACAAUGGGGUAUCAACGAAAAUAAUCAAAUAUUCAAUCAAUAUUAUCCAAAUUUAUGUAUUGGAUUCGUUGGUCAACUUGGAGUUGAUUCAACUGUUAAUUGUGUAUUAGCUCAACCAAGUAGUGCUUGUGAUACUUAUUUUCAAUUUAUUGCAAAUCCAACCUAUUCAUUAAACCAAAUUGUUGGUGAAGUACCAGAACCAUUUCCAGCUUACACAAGUGGUGAUUUAUUAGCAUCAUAUCAAUACCUUAGUAAUGAUGCAACUUCUAAUUUUACUGAUGAUAUUAGAUCACUUUAUACAGGAAUCAAUGUUAGUUUACAAUCCUUUUUAAGUAUUGUCACCAAUGCAACUUGUCCAUCAUCAAUUCAUUCAACUGAAGAUUUUUCAAAUGUUCAAAAUCAAAUCAAAACUGAACUCAUCUAUGCAAUCAAUGUCCGUUUAGUAUUUGAAAACUAUUCUGGUUUUUAUAGUAAAUUAUUUAGUCAAGGUAGUUCAAAUUUAACAAAUUUAGCAAAUUUAAUUAAUGUUGAUAUGUCAUCUAAUCAAAUGGUUAAUGCAAAUUAUACUGAUGCAAUUACUAGUAUUUUUUAUUCACUUAUUUCAGAGAUUCCAGUAGGUGGUCCAAUAAUUGCAAACAUUGGUCAAUCAGCAGUAGAAUUUGGUGAAUUAAUGUCUCAAAGUAAUUAUCAAGGUGCAUCAACCUAUCAAGUUGAAUUAAGUCAACUCUACACUCAUUUAAAUACAAACUAUGAAAAUGAAAUGGCAAAUGCUCAAAGUAUGAAGGAUACCAUUUUACAAGAUUGGGGUAUGAUGAGUAAAACCUAUGCAUUAUGUUUCUUACCAACCAAUGAUCCAUCCUCUCUCAAUAUGAAUGGAUUAGACUUUGAUGAAAUUUCAGAUGUUGCAUCUGUAGCUUACGAAAUUGCAAUGAUUCAAAUGUUAUUACCAACUACUUAUCAAAUUUACUUUACACCAGCUGGUUAUUGGGUACCAUAUUCAGAUGGUGAUUUCGCUUAUAGUGAUAACUCUGGAACCUAUAUUAUGGCCACUAUCGAGUAUAGUAAUUCUUAUCCUCCAAAGGAAUUGACUGAUAAGUUAUGGAAUAAUGGGGUUUCAAAACAAGAAUUUUUCUUGUCAGCUUAUGGUUGGAAUUUAGCUACCUCGCUCACCUACUACAAUAAUACUAAGCAGCAUAAUAAUAUCUUUAAAUUAGCCUUUCCAACAAUUAAAAAUUUUACAGGAGUACCAAUGCAAUUUGUAAUGACCAACGAAGGUGAUAAUCUUGGUAAUUUCACAGUCAAAACUCAUUUUGCAAAAUUCUUUUCAACAUAUUACAGUUGUGGAGAAGCUGGUCAUCAUUAUUUCGACAUUGCUGUAACUGAUAUUAACAAAAACAAGGUUGCAAAUUUCACAGUUGACAUUAAAUUAAAAGCUCUCGAAGGUAGUUAUGUUUCAAUCAAAACUGGUUCAUUAGUUGUUCAGCCAGGUUAUGCUGUUGGUAAUCCAAUUUGUAAUCAAGGUAGUUAUUCUCUAAUGUUUUCUGCUUCAAUUUUAAUUCCAAUUUAUAAAUCAGAAUAA